ACAUUUGUAAUUAAGCAUCGACGGCCGAGACCGCGAGGGCGCUUGGGCGCUUAUGUGGAGCCUUGUCACCUGAGGCCCCCAAUCGCCCGAUCGGGCAAUGCCGCUUCGGGGCGGGGAAAAAAAGUUUCGGUAGAGACAGCGCAAGAUCUGAUCUUUUGCUCAGCAUCAACAACAACACCAACCCCUCUGUCCAAGAUGCCGUCCACAUACAAGAAGGACAAGCCGUGGGAUACGGAUGACAUAGACAAGUGGAAGAUCGAAGAAUUCAAGCCCGAAGACAAUGCCGGCGGUACGUUCGCGGAGGAGUCGUCCUUUGCGACGCUGUUUCCCAAAUAUCGCGAAGUAUACCUGAAGGAGGCAUGGCCGAUGAUCACUAAGGCGCUGGAAAAACAUGGCAUUGCCUGUACGCUGGAUUUGGUCGAAGGUAGCAUGACUGUCAAGACCACCCGGAAAACCUUCGAUCCUGCCGCGAUUCUCAAUGCACGCGAUCUGAUCAAGCUUCUUGCGCGAAGCGUUCCCGCUCCUCAGGCGGUCAAAAUCCUCGAGGACGGCGUGGCCUGCGACAUCAUCAAGAUUCGCAACCUCGUUGGCAGCAAGGAGCGAUUUGUGAAACGUCGCCAACGUAUCCUGGGCCCGAACGGUUCAACUUUGAAGGCUCUUGAGCUUCUGACGAGCACCUACAUCCUUGUGCAGGGUAACACCGUUUCCGUGAUGGGGCCGUUCAAGGGUCUGAAGGAAGUGCGCCGAGUCGUCGAGGACUGCAUGGCCAACAUCCAUCCGAUUUAUCACAUUAAGGAACUCAUGAUCAAGCGGGAGCUGGCCAAGGAUCCCACUUUGGCGCACGAGUCGUGGGAUCGCUUCUUGCCCCAUUUCAAGAAGCGCACCUUGUCUAAACGCCGCCAGCCAUUCAAGGUCACCGACAAAUCCAAGAAGCCGUAUACUCCUUUCCCACCGCCUCAGGAGAAGAGCAAGGUGGAUCUCCAGAUCGAGUCGGGCGAGUACUUCUUGUCGAAACAAGCGAAGGAGAGAGCGCGCAAGGAGGAGGUCAUGGAGCGCCAGCGCGAAAAGAGAGAAGAGAAGAUGAAGGAGCGAGAGAAGGACUUUGUUCCGCCCAAGGAAAAGGAGGAGAUCGAAGCAGAAGCAAAGGAGAAGAAAGAGAAGAAGAAGCACAAGCGGAAGCGCGCAGAAGCCGAAGGCGACGUCGAAGCGGAUGGUACAGAGACCAAGAAGAAGAAAAAGAAGAGCAAGACGAAGGAACGAUCGUCAUCUGCAGACGCAGAGUGAUUUUCUUCGAUAAUUUUCCUCGGCUGAAACUUUUUGUGGAUUCAUCUGUCCCUAUAUGGCGCCUGCAUGGGUUGGAGUUCUUCUGUCUUGAUUCUCUUUCGUGCUCCUGUACUGCAUUAAAAUUCUCUUUUUUCUCAUGUCUCGAAUAUGUUGUCUACCCUAUGCAGUAGUGAUACCAUCAAUCUCACUUACCAUCGCACCUGUCUCAUAUCAGGAGGGUCUUUGUUCUCUAACAUCAUCCUUACCGGCCUUAGCAGCCUUACUAGCCCUAGCGGACGCCUCUAGCAUGGAUGUUCCUAAGCCAAAUCAUUCAUUGAGUACAUCUAAACAUG